CAACGAUAGAGUGGCGAAGGCUCGAUGGAGGCCGCCAUCAAUACCAACCCGGGAGCGCUCGACGACUGGACGUCGUACAUCUUCCCGUCCCCGUCUCGAGCAUCGUCUGCAUCCCCGAUCCAAGUCACAUGCUUGGAGUUCUACCAAGUCCCACACACCGCCACGACGUUGCUGCUCCAAGCCACUCCUGGAGCGUUCUCUGUUUACGAUACCAGCACAAUGGAAGCGAUCGGACGAAAGCACUCCACGGAAGGCGACGCUGUGCGUAUGGCGCGGUUCAUCGACGCAGGGAGUGGGCGCCUGCAAAAUGUACUGCUCGUGACAUUGAGGCUUAGCGUAUACUCUCUGGAAGAGGAGCGGAUCCUCCACGACAUUUCAUUUCCUUCACCUGUUGCGGACAUCCUUGACGUUCAAGUGAAUACGUCGGUGGUAGCAGUCUUAACCCACCACACGGUCCGGCUGUUGAAUCGCAGCGCCAACUACGCUGUCCUCCGAACGAUUACAAUUACAUCGGAUGCCAUGGCGCUGGGGACGAGAUGGCUGGCAUAUCCUUCUCUGCACACAGAAGCUGCUACAGUUGCAACUCCCACCAAGGACGACUAUUCCCUCACCGACAUUGCGCAGGGGGUCGCAUCGGGGCUCUACUACCUGUCCAAGGUUGCACGAAGGGCUUCUGCCGACAGCGACACUGGACACAUUGACGUCCAAGACUGCGUUUCCCAAGCACGUAUUGCGUCCUUUGUCGCGCAUGCAUCGGCAAUCACAUCGCUCGCGUUCAAUCCGUCCGGCAUGCUGGUGAUCUCGUCCUCUGACAAAGGCCAGACCCUCCACGUCCACCGUGUGCAAGACAAUGCGCUCCUCUACCGACUGCACCGUGGCAUCACCCACGCCCGGAUCCGUCACAUUACGACUUCCAUGGACUCGAAGUGGAUUGCUAUCACAACCAGUCGAGGCACCACCCACAUCUAUGCGAUUCGUCCGGAGGGCGGAGCUAUCGGCGGCCACACACACCACGCGGUAGAUUUGAACAAUACCACGCACUUGUCUGUCGCCAAAGCCAGCAUUGCGGAUGAGAACCAAGCAAAAGCUUUCCAGGUCGGCGCUUCGACUAGAGCACUCACGGAGACUCUGCAGCCCUUGGCGAGACUUCGGCACUCCACAGAGGAUGGAGGCCUGGUCAGCUGCCAGUGGGAUCGGCAGCUCCUUUUCGUCGCGUCGUGUGGGACUCUUAAGGCGCUCUCGGUCCAGCCCCGCAGCACAUUAGUCGACGUUCCCAAGCCAUGGCUGGUCCUGUCGCUUCAUCUAGAGGUUGCCAAGCAGCGCGAGCUCGACCCUCACCAACCAUCCCGUCGCCCUUACGCCCCGCAGCUCAUCCAACAUCCGACAAGCUCUGUCGAAAUCGUGGUGCAUCCCCAACUUGACUUGCCCAUUUGGCUGCACCCUAAGGUUACCUUCCGCGCGCUGUCAUGGGGGAAGCUCCGACUUCUCAACGUAAAGCGACUUGGGCCAGUUCCGUUGGCGACGGACGACGUCGUGUUGGAACAGCUCACGCAGGGAGUGUCGCCCGUGUUUGAUGGGACUCCGUCUAAGGACGAACCGUUCGUGCCUCUCUUCGACCUCUCAGCCUCCAUCUCGCACGCUGUCUCGUCAUCGUUGUCGAUUCGCCCCGUGCAAGCCCACCCGCCGUCGAAAUCCACUCAACCUGACGCUCCAUCGACCCUCCAGGACGCGUACUUUUAGAAAAAGAACCAUGAUUUUGCCUCGUUAGUUGUUCUGCACAAACGCCAACACGAGCGCCGUGAGGAUUUGGCCCGCCUCGCUCUUUCCCGCACCGACACCUGCAGGAUGCUGUCCAGGGGCCGCCUCUGCCAAAUGCAGAUACGCCACUCGGUUCUUGAGCUCGGAGGCCACCUUGUACACGUAAUGCUCGGCGUCCGAGACUGAGAUACCGCAGUUGGUCAUGGCGCUCACUGGCAUGCCGCUGAUGCUGUCCGUGUCUACUUCGAGACCCACUGGCUUGGAAGCUUCGGCACCGCCGAUGAAUGUGAUUGCCUUGUCUACAGCUUGCGUGAAAGUAGUUUGUCGGCGGAUGAAAAUGUCUUGGUAGGAAGUGAACCCGGCGCCAGCCUGAGCCAUUUGGUCCAACGCACUCUGGGCGUUCUUGACCUCGUGGAGCCCCAGAACAAAGUACGUGCUCAAGUAUUUGGCCUCGUGGGCGUAGCUGAACCCGUUUCCACUGUGGCGGCCUUCCCGAAGGCGGAAAUCGCAGUGCGGGUCCAGGUUGAUGCAGUCCACACCACUGCCGCGACUUUGAGACAGCGCUUGAAGGAUGGGGUAGGCGUUGUUGUGCCCUCCACCGAUGACGAUAGGAAUGAGGUUUGCGUCAAACACUUGCUUUAGGACAGCACUCACUCUUUCGUCGAUCAUUUGGACGUACGCGCGAAGCUCCGCGAGCUGCGCUUCAUCGCUUGCGCUCAAGGACGCUGCCUUGUUUUGUAUGUCCGCCAAGUUGACUUCGCCGAGCAACAAGAUCUCAGACCCCUUCACGAACCGAUUCGCUUGAACAUUCAAGAAGCGCCCCAAGAACGAUUGAAAGCCAAGGGCGGCCCCACCGUUGCCAAAAUUUGCGCGUGGCCCCACAUCUUCAGGAACGCCAACGAUGACGUACUUCACACCCUGGGCUUUGGCCUCAUGAAGACCUUGGGGGAGAGGAAGUUCAGGGUGAAUGAACCGAAGGGCCUGGCCCAGUCGCGUUUCGCCAGCCCGUUGGCUCUGCAAGCGCUGCAGGUCCGACGCCUGGAACGUUGUCACCAUGAAGUUGCUCAUUG